AUCGAGUCAAAGCGCCGUCUCCUUCUUCUUUUUCUACUUCUCCUUAUCACUCGUGUGUGAGAGAGAGAGAGAGAGAUGAAGGUGGUAGGGUUAGUGAGCGGUGGCAAAGACAGCUGCUACGCCAUGAUGAAAUGCAUCCAAUACGGACACGAGAUCGUCGCGCUGGCGAAUUUGAAGCCGUCCGAUGAUUCCGUCGAUGAAUUGGACAGUUACAUGUAUCAAACUGUGGGGCACCAAAUUGUGGUCAGCUAUGCCGAAUGCAUGGGACUGCCGUUGUUUCGAAGGCGGAUACGGGGAUCCACAAGGCAUCAGCAUCUUAACUACACAGUGACUCCAGAUGAUGAAGUUGAAGAUAUGUUCAUUUUGCUCAAUGAAGUAAAAAAACAGAUUCCCUCAAUCACUGCAGUGUCCUCUGGUGCUAUUGCUUCUGACUAUCAAAGGCUAAGGGUGGAGAGUGUUUGUUCCAGGUUAGGACUUGUUUCUCUGGCAUAUCUAUGGAAACAAGAUCAAUCUUUGCUCCUGCAAGAGAUGAUAACAAAUGGAAUUGUGGCCAUCAUUGUAAAGGUUGCGGCCAUGGGGCUGAAUCCGGCAAAACACUUGGGCAGAGAGAUUGCGCACUUGCAACCCCAACUGCUUCAAUUGAACGAGUUGUAUGGGAUAAAUGUAUGUGGUGAAGGUGGAGAAUAUGAAACGCUCACCCUUGACUGCCCUCUUUUUACAAAUGCACGAAUUGUUGUCAAUGAUUUUCAAGUUGUUCGGCACUCUUCGGAUUCCAUAGCUCCAGUAGGCAUCCUUCAUCCUUCUUCUUUCCAUCUGGAAUACAAAAAAGAAUCCACUUCAUUCAGCAAUAAUGGCAAGCCUGAUAGCAGUUCGGAGAAGACAGGCCAUGUAUGUGAAGUAGAAGCAGAUAGUGUAUCAACAUCUGUACUCAACUGCCAAUCCGCAGAUUUAGCUUCCGAUAUUUGUACUGUUAUGGAUGCAAAGUUGCAUACUUCAAGAACCAAAAGGGAUACAUUUUCUAUCUGUUGUUGGAUCCAAGAUCCUUGUGGAAGUUCAGAUCGUCUGGAAAAAGAUUUGACCGCUGUUCUGAAGAAAAUUGAAGCCCAACUUCAUGGAGGUGGUUUUGAUUGGGUGGAUGUUCUAUACAUUCAUCUCUACAUUGCCAACAUGAAUGAUUUUGCUUUAGCAAAUGAAACAUAUGUGAGCUUUAUUACAGAAAAGAAGUGCAACUUGGGUGUUCCAUCUCGCAGUACGAUCGAACUGCCUCUGACCGAAGUUGGUCUUGGGAAAGCAUAUGUCGAGGUUUUAGUGGCAAAUGACCGUAGCAAAAGAGUUCUGCAUGUACAAAGCAUUUCAUCCUGGGCACCCAGUUGCAUUGGUCCAUAUAGCCAGGCAACAUUACAUAAAGAAAUACUUCAUAUGGCCGGACAAUUGGGGCUUGACCCACCCACGAUGCUGCUUCGUUCUGGAGGUGCUCUCGCCGAAAUGCAACAAGCAUUAGAUAAUAGUGAAGCAGUGGCCAAUUGCUUUAACUGUUCUCUAGCUUCCUCUGCUAUUCUUUUCGUCAUUUACUGUUCCGCAUCCCUCACAUCCUCCAAAAGAAUGGAAGUUCAAAACAAGCUGGAAGAUUUCCUAACAUCGUAUUCACAGAAUGGGAGCAUGUCCAAAGUGCUAGAUCCCAUUUUUCUGUAUGUUCUGGUGCCUAAUCUUCCAAAAAGAGCACUUGUUGAAGUAAAGCCUGUCCUUUACGUUCCACAGGAUAAGGAGACUGUAACUGAAGCCGAAGAAUGGAAGCCAGAUUGCUCGAAGAUAUUGAACUGUUGGGGUUUUGAACACUCAACAUGGCAUGAUUCUUGUUGCCAGAAAUCUAUCAUUCAUGGGAAGAUAUGUUCGAUAGUUGUGUCUGUUACAAAUGAAUCUGCUGCAAUGAUCUGUUCAGAAACUGGUCAAAACCUUGCAGACUGUCGAUAUUUUGGCACUGACAAACACAUGAAAAGAAUAGCAAGAUUCUGCAUUUAUCUUCUCAAUAAAGUCCUGAUGGACAGUGAUUUCUCAUGGAGUUAUCUGACGAAUUUGAGGAUUUAUUUCACAACAAGUCUGUGCUGGACUGUGGAUGUGCUGUUGGGUACAUUUACGGAGGCAUUCGAUGAAUGUACAGAGAUCAGUCGGCAAUUUGAGAUGGGUAAGGAGCAUAUUUUCAACCUUGUUCCCGUCCUAGGUUCUGGUAGAUGUGCAUCUAUAAAUGACUUGAUUACCUGUGAACUAUUUGCGUCGAAACUUUGAAAAGCGUUCACUUCAUCUACAGCCGAAAGCUCUGUUUUGUAGCAGUUUCUUUUUCUUUUCUUUUUUUUGCUGCCCUGAAAGCAAAAAAGGUAAUUUAUGUAAGGGACCCGGUGUUUUAUUCUCAUUUCAUAGGCACUACUAAUUUAAUUUUGUGGGGCCCCAUUUUAAAACUUUGGGCGGAAAAUAUUUGCUUGUCUGUAAUUCCUUCAAUUUAUUUUUGGGAAUUUUACAGAUAACUACCUCCUUAAUAUAGAAUUUACAUUCCGGUACCUUGUCAAA